GUGAAUGUUUUAUUGUGUCAGAAGUGAGAGUUGAGAGUGUCAGAAGGCAAAGAAAUGAGUAGCAAAACACGACCACACUAAUCGGAGCAGAUGAAUUGAUGAGUGACGGGAAAGCAUGUCCUUUCCCUUUGGGCUUGAGAAAUCUCUUUUGAUCAUUCAAUCACUCUUUCUCCCUUACAACCAACCAUCAUGGACUUCAUCUUCAGGGCUGCCACUAUUCAUCCCUCCAACCACUUCCCCUCUCUCCAAGCUUCUCGCCUUCACUCAGAUAAAUAUUCAAUGCUAAAUUAUACAGAUGAGGAUGAUGAUGCAAAAUCACUUUUUCAAUGUCCUUUCUGUGACUUCGAGUUUGAUUUUUCUUCAGUCCGUGCUCGUUUGGAAGAGGAGGGUUUUGACCCAAGAUAUAUGACCUGUCCUCUGUGUGAGGAAAUUUUAGGGGAGGAUGCAGUCAGAGUUGCACAGAAUUCAAGCAAGAGAUCUUGGAAGUCUGACAAAUCUAGCAUCUCAUCGAGUGAUACGGUAGUGUUUGACAAGAAACUUCCUGCCAGAGGAAGACAUGAACUGGUGCCUGAUCCCCUUCUGACACCAUUUGUUCGCAAUGUGUCUGUUCCAAACACCAGUGGUAUCCAACCUAGUGAAGUUUUCUCCAGCAGUGGCUCAGACAUUUCCAGUGGAAAGGGGUAUGAUCCUGACAUUUCCAGUGGAAAGGGCUCAGAGACAGACUCGGGAGAUGAAGAGGAUAUUGAAGAGAGAAGGCAGAAGGCAUCUUUUGUUCAAGAGUUGAUGUUAUCAACUUUAUUUUAGGAAACAUGCAUCUAACAACUUAUAGACAGUCUUGCGUUCAGGUAGCGUUGAUUCUUGUAAGAAAAUAACUGCGUUUUGGUAUGGUGCAUGAAUUUAGAAUAGGUAAUCUAAGUGCUGGAUAGUCACAAAAUUGGAUGGUUGCCUCGUUUGCAGGCAUGCAUUAUUGAACAUCUGAACUUAGUUAUGGUAUAUUUUAAAUCUAUAUAUAGAAGUUAAUCUUUUGCAUUA